AGAAAACACAUAAAGUACAUAAAAAGUAGUAUCGGUGCUUCCAAAUGGAGCCAUAUUCCUAUAAGACCACUCAUGCGUUUGUGUCAUUGUGUGUGUGUGAGAUAGAGAAAGAACCUGCUCAAAAGGCACAGUUCUCUUGUUUCUUGCAUCUCCAUAUCUGAAGAAGGGAUGGGAAGAGGAAAGUUCAAGGGCAAGCCCACCGGUCACCGCCACUUCUCCACCCCUGAAGAACUCGUUGCAGGUAUCUCAUCUCGUCCACGGACUUUUAAACAGGAAGCUAGAGAGGAAGUGGAAGAAGAGUCUGAAGAGGAAGUGGAAGAAGAAUCUGAGAAGCGGAAAGGUGCUGAGGGACUAAUUGAGAUUGAGAACCCUAAUUUAGUAAAACCAAAGAGUUUGAAGGCUAAAGAUGUUGACAUGGGAAAAACAACUGAACUCUCAAGGCGUGAAAGAGAAGAGAUAGAAAAACAAAAGGCACAUGAACGAUAUAUGAGGCUGCAGGAACAGGGAAAAACUGAACAAGCAAGGAAAGAUUUGGAGCGCUUGGCCUUGAUAAGGCAACAAAGGGCAGAGGCUGCAAAGAAACGAGAUGAAGAGAAGGCUGCCAAAGAACAGAAGAAAGCAGAAGCUCGCAAGUAAGCAAGUUACAAGAAGCUCGUUGCAUCGUUCUUGGUUUGUUUUUCUGUCUAAGAUAUUUAACCUUACUCUUGUAAACUAAAGCAUAUCCAACCAUCCGUCUCGCCCACCGACCAAAAGAACAAACAGAAUUAUUCAGGAAUUCUUGAAAUUACUGCAGUUCAGUUUUGUUCUAUAAGCAUCUCAUAUCGACAAACCAACUAUUAAUGUAUUUUUAUCAAGGAAAUUGAUCUGGAUGAGUCUCUUGGUCUUGUCUACUGAAAUGUGAGAGGUGAAAGACGAUCUUUAUUAGUAAUAUACUAACAAUUAUUAUUAUCUUUCAA